AUGCGCGCGCACGAGCACAAGAUCGCGCAGCUACUCGAGAAGACCCGGGACUUUGACAAGGAUGAGCGCUACAUGGCCACGUCGGAUCUGUGCGUGGAGCUCGAAAAGGACGUGGAGCUCGGACCGUAUCUCGAGCCCGACGUCUGUGUGGCCGUCCUGGCGCAACUGAAGGACAAGUCGAACGACGUGCAGUCCAUUGCUGUCAAGUGUUUAGGGGUCCUCGUGACGAAGGUGCAGACGAGCCAAGUGGCCGACAUUUGUCGCAAACUCUGCGACCUCCUGCUCAAGGGCACGCCCGAGCUCCGGGACAUUUACGCCAUCGGUCUCAAGACGAUCGUUGCUGACGUGACGCACAAGACGGCGGCGGUCAUUGCGCCCGGCAUUUGCUCGCGGCUCUUGACGGGGCUCAGCAAGGACCAAGAGACGGCAGUGAAAGCUGAGACACUCGAUAUCCUCACGGAUCUCUUGCGACGCUUUGGCUAUGACGUGGCGCUGGAACACGCGACGAUCAUGGAGCUGCUGAUGGAGCAGCUCACGGACGAUGCGCUGCUCGUGCGCAAACGUGCCACGGUUUGUGUGGGAGCACUGGGGGUCGUGGCCUCGGAGUCGCUCGUGAGUCGCUUAGUGGAGCAUCUGAUUAAAGACAUUCAGGCGUCAAGAGACGCGGUCAGAGUGCGCACGCUCAUUCAGACGAUUGGCAUGCUCUCACGCACGGCUGGUCAUCGUCUAGGGCAGCAUCUGGACGCUGUGAUUUGCAUCUUGGUACAGUUUUGCGGUGAUUCUAAAGACGAGUCGCUGCAGCACGAAGACUCGGACGAUCUCCGUAGCAACUGUUUUCAGGCGUUUGAGGCGUUCUUGAGUCGAUGUCACAAUGAGAUCACGCCUCAUGUGAACACGAUUCUUAAACUAGCGAUGCAGUUUAUCUCGUACGAUCCUAAUUACAAUUACGCGGACUCUGCUGACGAAGACGAAGAGAUGGUAGAGGAAGAAGAAGAAUACAGCGACGAAGAAGGUGAUUACAGCGAUGACGACGACACGAGCUGGAAGGUCCGUCGGGCAAGUCUUCGCGUGCUGGCUGCAAUUAUUGCGACGAGACCAGAGCUUUUGGAGCAGCUGUACAUCCAGUGUGCUCAGCCCUUGAUUUCGCGCUUCAAAGAGCGAGAAGAAAACGUUCGGAUCGACGUCUUGGCAGUGUUUUCAGACCUUCUUCGUGCGACUCGCAAGACUCUUCCGAGCUCGAGUAGAAUGGGCUCUUAUCAGUACUCACCUGCGUCAAAUGCGUGUACGAACCAGCUAAAACAGCGCCUGAGUGCGAUCGUGCGUAGCGCAAACAAGCAAUUUGAACCCAAAGCUUCAGUUUCGUCGCGUUGCGCAGUUCUUGCGCUGUUGAGCGAGCUCGCGAUGCUAGAGCAUGGAAAGUUGGGAGAAUACAUUGGUCUUGUCAUGCCGAACGUUCUCAGUGCAGUGGAGGACAAACACUCAGACUUGAAGCUGGAGGCACUUACGUUUCUUCGCCUUCUUGUGGAUACACACACUAUGGAACCGUUCCGACCACACGUUGAUGCGGUCGCUACAGUUGCAGUGCAGUGUGCAAAGGGCGAUUGGUACAAAACAGUGGCAAAAGCGCUUGGAUUGAUCGAAUCUCUUGUCCACAUUAUCCGCUCUGACAUUAAAGACUUGAUGUACAAAUUGUACGCCGUGCCGUUCUUUGAUGCGGUGCUACCUAACCUGAAGGCUCAUGAUAUUGAUCAAGAAAUCAAAGAGGCUGCAAUCAGCAGUAUUGGAGAAAUCGUUGCUAUCCUGGGCGACGAGCUUGGUCAGCGGGUGGAAGAAGUUUUUCCUCUGUUAAUGGAGCGUCUAAACAACGAAAUUACGCGCAUCCAUAGCAUCAAGGCGAUUGGAGCCAUUGCUCGCUCAAAGCUUGACGUAGAUAUGACUCCGAUACUCGCACAGUGCACACAGACCCUGGCUCAGAUGCUUCGUCAGCAGUCUCGCACGUUGAAACAAGCGACGUUGACCACCCUCAACGAUCUAGUCGUUCACAAGGGUGCACAAAUGUCUGAUGCUCUCCACUACGAUGUAGUGCUCGAAGCUUCGCUACUUCUCGUGGACGUGGACCUGCAGCUGUGCCGCAUGAGCAUCACAUUGAUAUCGAACUCUGUCCGCGUGUGCCCGCAUGUUGCGUCAACGGAAGCUUUGUUGCACAACGCCCAAGUGAAAGCUCUGGAGCUGUGCCACAGUGCUAUGCUUCAAGGCCCCACCUUGGGAGCUCUUGAGUCUUUUUUUGCGCAGCUGACACAGCUAGACUUACCCGGUAGUAGUUUUACCGACCUGUUCAAGGCGCUGAUGGCUAUUUCGCCCGAGGAGUCGAAGCACUCGGUGCUAAAUAUCGCAAGGUGUGUUGCUUGUUCGUGCGUGGCUACAACGGAACAAAACCGCAAGCUUGCUUUCGCAAAGUUUGUUGACGACAUCACACAAAAGGAGUCUGAGAAAGACAAAGUACUGGCACUCUACUGCUUGGGAGAGUUCGGUCGAAAUAUUAAGCUAGCUGGCUACACAGACGUGAAGGAGAUCAUUUUGGAGUCCUUCAAUGAUGCUGGCGAAGAAGUAAAGGCUGCAGCUGCGUACUCUCUUGGUAGUAUUUGCGUUGGCAACAUGGAAGAGUACCUGGACAUUGUUAUGGAGAAGUUGGAGCUUGGAGAUAAUUCUUACUUGCUGCUGACAUCGCUGCGUGAAGUCAUUUUGGAUCAUGCAGCAAAGCCACACCACGGUUUUGCAAUGUACGUGGAUCGUGUACUUCUGGUUCUUCAGAGAAUGAGUGCUCGUCAGGAGGAGGGGGUGCGCAACAUGGUAGGCGAAUGCAUAGGAAAACUUGCUGCAACAAAUAGUGCCAACCUGAUGCCGAUUGUGACCGAGCUGUGCGGAUCUUCUGACGUAUGGUCGCGUUGGACCGCCGUGACGAGUCUUAAGUAUGCGAUGACAACAACUGUCCAGGACCCAUCCAUUGAUGCAAUCUUCGCUCACAUUGACCCUUUCCUGUCUGCGCUUGAAGAUGAAGACUUGCACGUUCGCCGUGCUGCACUGUUGGUGUUCAAUACAGCUGCCCAUCACCAUCCUCACCAUCUGGUGCCUUAUGUUCGCGAAAAGAUAUUCCCGGUGCUCUUGAAAACUAGUGAAAUCAAGCUAGAGCGAGUGGUGGAUCUCGGUCCGUUCAAGCACAAAGUGGAUGAUGGACUCCCUCUUCGAAAAGCUGCAUAUUCGUUUGUCGACACUUUGAUCCAGGUGCUGCCGCGGGAGAUCGACAUCAAUCUGUUUCUCGACCAAUUGAAGCGAGGUCUUGGAGACCAGGACGAUAUCCAAAUGCUUAGCCACCAGAUCUUGAUCAAGAUAUGCUAUGUUCAGCCUGGUAGCAUUGUGGGUGCACUGGAUUCGUUACUGGAACUGUUGGAGAAGACGAUCAACAAAAAAGUGAAGGAGGACCAGGUUGGUCCGGAGGUUGAGCGUGUGAAAGACCUUAUACGUAGUGCGCUGCGUGCGCUCGAUGCAGUCAGCGCUGUUCUUGACGCUGACGCCCAUCCAAGGCUAAAUGCCGUGAUGACGAAUGCCAAGAAGAACAAGAUGCUCGGCGUCUUGUUGGAGACCAUCCGCAAUGAGCGCACGAAUUAA